AUGUUUAUGGUACAUUUGAAUGACGGGAUGUGCUCAGCAGAGUCAGAAGAAGGGAGAAACAAUCAUCUGGCAUUCGGCAUUGUCAUUACGGAUUUUAUCGUUAGGCCAUCUUUAAAUCAAAAGCCAUCAGGUGACGGGCCUUUUCAAUCUGCUUCAGUCUCGCCUACAGGCUUGGGCAAAUAUAAACUCGUGCCUACCAAGGUACCUGUGGCAUCUGUGCAAUCUUCAUACGACAAUGGCUCUGAGCCGGAUAGUGUUCGCGUAUCGCCCAGUCGCGUUCUUCCCGGCAAAGAGCCAUAUUAUUCGAAUCGAGACAUCGCUGUGCUCCACGCCGUCAUCGCAGCCGCCCAGGAGAAGCUCGACCACGCUGCAGGCCCAAAACCGCUACCCGCCGCGGCGCUGUUCAGCGCAUAUGACGAGGUUCUCCCUCAACAUGGCGUCGAUCCAGACUCUGAUCACCAUCUCUCGGCUUUCGUAUUCAGGAUCAGUGGCGAAGAGGGUGGUGGAAGCCUGCUGGACAAGUUUCAAUCAAUCCUCGCCCGCAUAGGCAUCGUACUCGAAUUCAGCGACGACUCCCUUACCUCUCCGCAUGGCUACCCCGAGCAUCCUCUGUCUCCAAAUCCGAUAGAUACUGGCCACUGGUAUCCCGACGACCUCCCCAUCAAAGAAGACGAUGAUUUUCCUCAGAUGAGACCCCGGGCUUACAGCGCGACUUCUCUGGACAACGACUCUGCCCCAUCAAAAAACCGAGCCCAAGAAUCAAAGAGACAUAAGCUUGAAAAAGAUGAUAUCCACCAUGUUCACGCAGAGGCAGAGGUGUACCCUUCGGCCCGGAUCUCGACAACCGCCACACGACACCUCGAUCCAUAUCAUUACUAUCCGAGCCCGUUGUUCGAUCACUUGCCUCUUGAUUCCCGCGCUGUUGGCGCCGGUGCUCCUGACGACGACGCAAAAGUACGCCCAUUGGCGCCACAAACCGACAUUCCCCAUCAUCCUUUAAAACAAAAUUCGAAACGAAAUAAUUCGGCCCCAGGGUCACAUGAACCUCCUGGAUCUAUCAAAGAUCAAGACCAAGAUCACCAGUUUAGUGAUCGAGGAGAGAACGAAAAGAAAUUUCAAACGACUGCAAUACCAGACAAACGAAAUACCUCCGCAAAGACGAUCGAAAGAAGUCAAAGUAACGGCAAAAUUGACGGCAUAGAUACGCCAGCGUCUCCCGACUAUAUACCCAAAGAUGCUCCCUUAGCAUUGCCUUUACUACAGGGGGGUCCUCCACCAGCCUUUCAUUCGCUGAAUGAGACCACCUUGUCGCGACAACAACAAGAACAGCUGCUUACAAGAGCGACUCGAGCUCGCGAGAUUUACCUAGCAAGCAAAGUGUUCAACCAUUGGGCGGACAGAACCGCAGGGCGACUUGAGCGGGAAGGCGUAGCCAGAAGACAUAUGAUUCGUUUUCGCUGUUUCCAGGGCUGGAGCUGUGCGCCAAGUUUGCGAUUCCCGGUUGUCGAUCAGCUGAAAGCUCUCACAGCCGUCCAGAAACUACAACGUGCUGUGUCAUAUCAAGAAGAGCAACUCCGUCUUGCGGCAUCAGCUAUCUCUCAAAGCCAUCGUGCUAGGAUUGCUUCGCGUGUCUAUGAUCAAUGGUGCUCACAUCUGAUAUCACUCGCCUGCCGUCGGAAAAUGAACAAGAGGUCAAAACAAAGUGCGCUUUUGGCAUGGAAAUCAAGUACUUCCAGCAAUGUCAUCAAGAGCCAAGCUAUUCGCAGAUUUAAUAAGCGUGAAGGCGUUAUUACCACACUGUCUAAAUUACAAGACCACGCAGUGCUGAAUAGUCGUCAAUCUCACACAGCUAGACAGAUAGGGUCGCUCCAGCUGCUGUUUGGCUACCUUACUGAAUGGAGAGAUCAGCUCGAGGUCAAAUCGCGAUCAUCAGCCUAUUGCGUCAGGACGUCCAUUUCAACGAUUAGCCGAACCUUCCAAAAUUGGAAUCUAUUGGUACGAGUGCAAGCAUUUCGAUGGAAUGCAGAUUUCAUAUCCGUAACACGAGCUCUUGAAAGCUGGCGAAGGCACUAUAUACAAGAAGAGUGGAGGCGAAACAUGACUGCGAAUCAUCUGAAGUCAUACCAGAUAUCAAACGCCCUACACAUCCUACAACGGUCCAGCAGCCUCGAAGCGCAGCGGUCGCACCUAAGCAGCCGAGCUAGGCUGUUCAUUGUCACAACACAGAUAUUGCCCGUUGUGGACUCUGCUGUGGAAAUGCGAAAAGCCCAGAUGAAGGAGUUGAUUAGACGCUAUUUGAUGAUGAGAUAUACGGAGGUCUCUUCCGCAAGGAAAAAGCGAAACUUUUAUGAAGCUUUCGAUCACUGGCGGGCCAUGACAGCUCAGGCCAUUUCCGACAAUGACGUUGGUAUCCUUUACAAUUCAAAAUACUACUAUGGCCAGCUUGACCUCGCCCUAACAAAGUGGAACAGCCAGGCUGGUGAAGACUUGGAAGUUCAGCUGGCUACAAAUCGACACUAUGCGCAGACCGUGCUAACAACGUGGGCUGAUGUUGCCAAGGAGCAAGAGGGGAUGGAUAUGCAAUCAGUUGACAUCUGGGCCACCCGCAGACAACGGCAGCACCUCAAAGCGUGGUCUAUUUCCACACUGCAGCGAAGUGGACAAGCUCAUACUGCCACCAAAGUACUGCAAAGAAAUUACAGCGAAAAACGACAUCGGGCGUUUCAGCAUUGGAGACAGUCUUGCGCCGGUGCAGGUGUCGGUCGCUCAGAGCAAGACCUACUAAGAUUUACUCCUAAAUCUGAGCUCCCUAGUGCCCGUCGCAGCGGUUGGAGGGCACUUUCUGUGCGCCGACAUCUCCUGAUGGAAAGACAGAAUAAACAGGACAGUGCGGCUAGGCCGAUGGAAACCCCGACACGCUGGACCGGCAUGCCGUUGAACAUGUCCUUCCCCAUGUCGGCAAAACCAUUAGCCUCGUGGCGAGAACUUGAUGAAGAAUCGGCCACUUCUAGCGAUACAGAGGAGGUGGGAAUAAUGAAAUCCCCAAGCAAGCCUCCCUCAAAUACAGGACGUAUCACUUUGCCGUCUACUACUCCCCGGGGUCCGGUGCCACUACACUUGAAUAUUAAAGCUAUGAGAGCAGAAACAUCACCUCAACGUUGGGGCAACGGUGAAACUAAAUCGAAACCAAAGCCGGAUCUAACUCAAAACACACCUCGUGGACCACAAUCGACCCCAAAGCCCAAGUUUGGCAGGUCUCUCAGUGAACUUGGUCGUUCUAUACAAGCACCACCAUCUAAUCCAAACGGGCGAUCGGCAAUAAGUUACAAGCAGCUGAAGAGUGCAUCGCUACAUUCAGCUGAGCAACGCUCAAAGGCAGGGCAGUUGUACGACCCCUUCCCAGCAGACAAACAGAGCCCAUCUAAAAGGGAAGUCGACAUAUCGAGCUUUCAAGUUCAUAACGACAAGUUACACUGA